AUGAUAACAAAUUUUGGCAACAGAAAGUCAUCUUGGAGAAGAUCAAAAUCAAGAAUCAAGCAAUUAUCUCCCUCUGAUUAUGCAACAACCCCUCAACAUCCAUCUUCACUUGAAGUAUCUGAAUUGUCCACUCAUUGUAUGAAGGUAACAAGUUCAUGUUCUGAAGGGAAACAAAGUCAUAUUCAGGCAAGUCCUCAUAGUCCAUCUAGUAGGAAAUCGUCGAGUACUUUAUCUAGUAGUUCUAAGUCAACUUGUUCAUCCAUUCUCAAGGAUUCAAAGUUCCCUCAACAAGUGGAACUUCAUCCUGGACUAAAUGAAUCAGACAGAGUUUCAAAAGUGAAAGUUUGUUCAUACCAUCACUGUUCACUCAAUAAACGCUCUGAUGAUCCGUCACCCCCAAUAAAACGCGUAUAUAGAAGGAGAAAACUCUUAAAAUCACAUAAAAGCAUUAGACUAGAAAGUGAGUCCACUAAUGCAGAUAACUUUUCUAUUGAGGAUAGCAACCUUAUACAAGAUGUUGGAGUUUUCGGAGUAAAUGAGGCUAUUGAUCAGUAUGCUGAUCUUGUUGAGAUUGUGUUUGGUGAAACUUCAUUUCCAGAGAGAAGUUAUCAGGAGACGAUCGACAUAAUGAGGAAAUAUUCCACACAACUGGUUACUUCUGAUGUAGAAUCAAAUGAUCAGAGUGUAACAACAUCAGUUUUUUGCAAUAAUGAGGACAGAGAUGCUGAUUUCUGUCAUACGGUUGCACUGCCACUUCUGAUAAAGCCAGUUGACAAUGAUGUCACCACAGGUGAGGAGGAUGAGGAUAUCAACAGAGAACUGUCUAAGAAUGAACCAUCGUUGACAUAUGAUCUCGUUGAAGCAAAAUGUAGCACUGAGUUUUCCUCUGCUUCAGCUAGCAACGAUACAAUGAAACUCGUAGACAAUUUGCAAGAGACGGAUGACAAAGCGAAUCCAACUGAAGAUGUUGAUCCCAAUGCCUCAGCCAAGAAGUUGAACAUAGCCCAGUUUUCGAAAGAGAAGCAUAGGAGCAUGUGGAGCCUGAUUCAUAGACAUAUGCUUUUGGAUGAAUCUACAGAAUUGGACAGCAAAGUGAUCCGUGGAGCUGAAGAAGAUAAUUACAAGGAUAGUGGCAAGAAAUCUUGUGCAGCAGAAAGUUCUGAUUCAUUUUUGAGUUUUUCGGAAAGAGAGUCAAUGACUACAAAUCAGGAUGCAAAUAACCAGGAGAUUGAAACGCGUAAGCUUUUAGCAGUUAAGCUAGUACGAGAAGCAAUCAAGAGAAUUCUUCUUCCAGAAGUUCAAGAUCAGUCAUCAGAUAAUCAAUCAGUAACAAGUGAAGUGUGUACCGAAGAAAACUCCAACAAGUCAGACACCAAGAAUGAGGAAUGUGAUAAGGCAUCUAAGUCAGAUGAAGGAAAUGUUACCAGAGAUAACACUGGCUGCCCUGAGAAACAGGAAAACGAAGAACUAGUCACGAACAAAGCUGAGAAGAAAGUGCCAACACACUGGAGCAAUCUUAAAAGAUGGAUUAUUCUCCAACGAUUCAUCAAAGAAUUGGAAAAGUUGAGAAAAUUCAACCCAAGGAAGCCGCGGUACCUGCAGCUGGAGCCUGAUCCUGAGGCAGAAAAGGUUAAUCUGAAACAUCAGAUAGAGGAUGAGAGAAAAAGUGCAGAAGAAUGGAUGCUUGACUAUGCUCUACAAAAGGCGAUAAGUCAGCUUGCUUUGACUCAGAAAAGAAAAGUAGGAUUACUUGUAACAGCUUUCGAAAAUGUGGUUCCUCCCCGAGGCAGUAAUAUCCAGGUUACAUUUCCUACACUGAAAACUAGAAAUGAAGAUAAUUUGCAGACUGCAGGCAAGGGAAAUGCAUCAGUCUCCAAUGCAGACAAUGUUCGUAAACACGUAGACAAAAGGAAUGCAGAAGAUGACAGGUCGAUGUUAAAAAAUGAUGAUACUCAAAAGGCCAUUGUCCUCUGCAAGAAGUUGGAUGAAGUAACAAGCACUUUGAGUGACAAGGGAUCGGUUGAAAUAGAGAAGUUUGAUGAUUCUCUAAGCGGAACAUCUUCUACUAUCUCAAACUUAGGCAACGACGGUGAUAAAACACAUGAAAAUAAUAUGAAUCUCUCUGAAUGUGAGGCCACAGUGAGCAAACAGAAGCACAUCAGCAUGUGGCAUUUGAUAUCACAGCACAUACUUUCAGAUGUUGUAUCAAAAAUAGGGAAUGAACAACUCAAUGAGGUAAACAACAACAAAACACUAGCUGAAACGAAUAGGGACAACUCUCUUCACGAUUUCUCUGAAGAAAAAGAUGAUAUGAGCCACAAUGGGAGAAGUUUCAGCAGAAAUGAUGCUGUCAAUCUCAUAAGAGAAGCAGUUAGUCAGAUCCUAACAACACCAACUCAAGAUGAUUCGUCCAAUACACAGAGUGUCACUAGUAACAUUGUUCAAGAUGAACAGCCACCAAAAACUGAUCAUACAGAUUGCGGAGAGCAAAAUAGUACAAAGUCACUCUACGAAAGCUUGAAACAUGGUGACAGUCAAUUAGAAACAAAGGAACUUGCUGGUAAUAAUACUAUCACUGAGAGUAAAUUUGAGCCACCAAAGUCCAAGAACUGGAGCAAGCUGAAGAAAAUGAUCCUCCUUAAGAGAUCAAUAAAGGUAUUGGAAAGAGCUCGAAAAGUCAAUCCACAACCCCCUCAACUUUUGCCCCCUACACCUGAUCAAGAACAAGAAAAAGUGGAUUUGAGAAACCAAAUGUCAAAUGAGAGGAACAAAGCUGAACAAUGGAUGCUUGAUAAUGCAGUGCAGCACAUGGUCAGUAAGCUAACUCCAGCACGAAAAACAAGAGUGGCGAUGCUUGUGGAAGCUUUCGAAGCAGUUGUUCCACUCCCAGAAGUAUGAAUUCAAUUGGAGUUGGAAUAAACUUAGUCAAGCCAAUUCUUUGAGAACCUUUUUAC